AUGGUCUCCAUCUUUCACACCGAGAAGCACUACCUCCACUACAUGUUUACAAUCAUGAUCAAAUCAGACACACUGCUAGUGUUCAGUGCUGUGGGUGAGUCUGAUCACAUACAGAUCUCUCACUACAGCAUUGAAGAACGAGUCUGGAUGAGAGAGAAUCUGACUGUAGACGACUGGGACAAAGCUCCUGAAGGACCACCUGAAACUAGAGACUGGUAUCUAGACCUGAUCAGGAUUCUGUCAAACUGCACUGAGUCUUCUGAGCUUUCUGUUCUUCAGAGAGUGAUUGGCUGUGAGCUGGAGAAGCUUCCUGAUGGAACAGUGAAUCUGACGCCGAUUGAUGAAUAUGGAUUUGGAGGAGAGGAUUGUGUUGCCUUUAAUUCUGACACCUUACAGUGUUCUGAUAAAAGUCCAAAUACCAAAAUCAAGCGGGACCAUCAAGUAAAACUUCAAGAAUUCCUCAAGAACUGCCUGGACUGGAUCUCCACAUUUAAUAACACAAAAAAGAAUUCACCGGAUGUUCAUGUGUUUGCGAGGAGAGCUCCUGAUCACAGUAAGCUGGUUCUGAUCUGUCUGGCCACUGGUUUCUACCCCAGAGAUAUUGAGAUGAACAUCAGAUUGAACAGAAUUAACAUUGAGAGCCAAACAUCUUCUGGAAUCAGACCAAAUGCUGAUGAAACCUUUCAGAUCAGAUCCAGUGUGGAGAUCGACAGAAAAGACAAAGGCUCUUUUGACUGUUUGGUCAUUCACAGCAGCCGGACAGAACCAGUGUCCGUAGAAUGGGGUCUGAUGAGAAGUUAUCGUUAUUACGGUGGAGCGACUGAACAGCUUCAGAUCCCCAAAGUGUCUGAUCAAGAGCUCAAUACAGACUAG